GUUUGAUAAGUUUCUUUGGGGGGUGGGAUAAGGAUUCGAUUCUCUGGAAAAUUUGUGGUAUGGUUCAGUCAAUAAUAGUCAAUUUUACUUAAGGAGAAGAAGAAACACUGAUUUUCAAUUUCUGCUUUGAACAAUAUUUCAGCUACUUUGGAUGAAAUAAUGUUGUAAAACUUGUGGCCAUCACGGCGUAUCGAUUUAUUUUAUAAAGUUCAAUACAUCUAUUCGAAGAAAUCCCAUCACAGUUGCACACAUAUGCGAAUAUAUACUCUCUUGAUUUAAUCAUAUUCAUUCGUAUGAAGUCAACUCUUCUUUAUAAUAAAAUCAAGAUGUUUUUAUUUAGAACAAGUGAAACUUUAAAUCAAUCUACGUCCAUUCUAAAUAUAUGGCGCCAUUUUUCAAUAAAGUUAACGCAUGAAGCAAUGAAAGCAUUUGAAUUACUAGGUAUAUCAACAUCCAGUACACCUGAGGAAUGUAGGAGAGCUUAUUUAAAUUUAGCUCGUCGUAUUCAUCCAGAUGUAAAGAGCAAAAUAAUGGACACUAGUAAUGACAACAAUAGUAAUAAUAAUAUCAAUAAUGAUUUUCAAAAGAGGACAAAUGUUGAAUUUCAUCAAUUACAUAAAGCUUAUACACUUGCUUAUGAAAUCUGUCUUGACAAUCAUGAGUCUGGUAAUGAUUAUAUACUUGAACAAUUGGAUAAUGAUAUUCAAGAGUUUCCUCAUAAAGCGCCUCAACAUAGACGUUUUCUAGAUUUAGGAAGACAAGAACAACAUUUAGACGGAUUACAACAAUGUGUAAACAGUGGAAGAUUAAAUGAACAUCGUAAAUAUAUACAAUCACAGAGAGUGGUAAAAGCGUUACAAGGUGCUACCGAUUGUCGAGUGAAAAACCUUAUGAAAUCUGUGAACUAUGAUUAUGACGAUAGUCAAAGGGAUUGUAACAAGUUAAUACCUAAAAGAUUGAGUGUUAGCAAAAAGAAUAUUGAUAUAAACACGCCUGACCACGUAGAUUACAUUUCACGUACAGCUGAAGAACAAAUUCAAAAAGCAAUGAAUCAAGGAGAAUUUAAUAAUUUAUCAGGUCAAGGUCAUCCAAUUGAUUAUGAUAAAAAUCCCUAUGUAUUUGGGGACUCAACUGAUAGACGUCUUAACCAAUUAAUGGCUAAUCAAGGUUUCCUGCCAAAAUGGGUUUUGUUAAAUAAAGAAGUUAAUUCUCGUUGGAAUAUUGCUAUUGAUAAGUUAAAUUCAGUCUAUAAUGUAGCAUCUAAUUUACAUUCUACAAUAUGGUCAGAAGCUUGUAAGGAUUUUGAGGAGGAAGUAAAAGAAUUAAACCGAUUACUUGAUCAAUACAAUCUAUUAGUCCCUAGUCAUCAAAUGCAGCGUUUUCAUUUGAAUAGUAAGACAGCUAUUGACCAACUGAUGAAAGCUAAACAAUCACACACGAAUGAGCAAAACAAACGUGAUCCUACUACGACUCAAAAUGAAAGCAAAGACGACGUACCACAAACUGAGGAUAACAAUCAGAGUUUAUGGGAUCCCCGCUAUAUGGCUGAAGUAAUGCGCGACUUUUACCGUGAAUUGGCUAGGUCAUGGGCGAGUAUUCUACGAGGCUUUAAAGAUCAUAAAUAACACCUUGUAUUACUCUAAAAUAUUGCUGUUUAUGUAUAUUUAUAUCACAGUUAACAAGUAUUUUAAAUCAACUUAUAGUUCAAAUAGGCUAAAUUAACAAAGCAAUCUCUCGUAAAGUAAUGAAAAAACAUUCGUAUGUUUCACACUUUUUUCUUAUAAACUUUAAUCUUUAUUUCAUUUAAGUAAAAAAAAACCAGCUGAAUCUGAUCGUGUACAAAAAAUUGUUGACGUGAAAUCAAUCAUAAAAACUAAUAUCAACUGCAUAACCAAUGACGGUAGGCCAUGACAUAUAAAGAACUAUCGAUUUUUCAAUUUUAAGACAUGCAAAUUUUGUUCAACUCACAGAUUUUGAGUUGUUUGACUAGACUGAAUUGAGGCGACUAAGAAAUGAUAGAAAUCUCAUAUUUUGAAAUAAAGUAAAAAUCAACUCUUGAGAAAGGAGACGUGUAACUAUGAGGUCAAAUUAAACUUAAAAGCAAACACUAAUGGUGGUAGUAAAGUACAAGUUGUCCAACAGUAAACACGUUCGCCAUGGGAUUUUAGGUGCAGUAUUUGAGGCUGUCAAGAAUGAUUAGCUAUUGAAAGUAUCAUAUCAAAAAGAAAUAUAAAUC